AUGGGCCAAGGGGACGAGAGCGAGCGCAUCGUGAUCAACGUGGGCGGCACGCGCCACCAGACGUACCGCUCGACCCUGCGCACGCUGCCCGGCACGCGGCUCGCCUGGCUGGCAGAGCCCGACGCCCACAGCCACUUCGACUAUGACCCGCGUGCCGACGAGUUCUUCUUCGACCGCCACCCGGGCGUCUUCGCGCACAUCCUGAACUACUACCGCACCGGCAAGCUGCACUGUCCGGCCGACGUGUGCGGGCCGCUCUACGAGGAGGAGCUGGCCUUCUGGGGCAUCGACGAGACCGACGUGGAGCCCUGCUGCUGGAUGACUUACCGCCAGCACCGCGACGCCGAGGAGGCGCUGGACAGCUUCGGCGGCGCGCCCCUGGACAACAGCGCCGACGACGCUGACGCCGACGGGCCCGGCGACUCGGGCGACGGCGAGGACGAGCUGGAGAUGACCAAGCGCCUGGCGCUCAGUGACUCCCCGGAUGGCCGGCCUGGUGGCUUUUGGCGCCGCUGGCAGCCGCGCAUUUGGGCGCUCUUCGAGGACCCAUACUCGUCCCGCUACGCGCGGUAUGUGGCCUUCGCUUCCCUCUUCUUCAUCCUGGUCUCCAUCACCACCUUCUGCCUGGAGACCCAUGAGCGCUUCAACCCCAUCGUGAACAAGACAGAGAUCGAGAACGUUCGCAAUGGCACGCAAGUGCGCUACUACCGGGAGGCGGAGACGGAGGCCUUCCUCACCUACAUCGAGGGCGUCUGCGUGGUCUGGUUCACCUUCGAGUUCCUCAUGCGUGUCGUCUUCUGCCCAAACAAGGUAGAGUUCAUCAAGAACUCGCUCAACAUCAUUGACUUUGUGGCCAUCCUGCCCUUCUACCUGGAGGUGGGGCUGAGCGGCCUGUCCUCCAAGGCCGCCAAGGACGUGCUGGGCUUCCUGCGCGUCGUCCGUUUCGUGCGCAUCCUGCGCAUCUUUAAGCUGACCCGCCACUUUGUGGGCCUCCGGGUCCUGGGCCACACGCUCCGCGCCAGCACCAACGAGUUCCUGCUGCUCAUCAUCUUCCUGGCCCUGGGCGUGCUGAUUUUCGCCACCAUGAUCUACUACGCCGAGAGGAUAGGGGCGCAGCCCAAUGACCCCAGCGCCAGUGAACACACGCACUUUAAGAACAUCCCCAUCGGCUUCUGGUGGGCCGUGGUCACCAUGACGACCCUGGGCUACGGAGACAUGUACCCGCAGACGUGGUCCGGCAUGCUGGUGGGGGCCCUGUGCGCGCUGGCGGGCGUGCUAACCAUCGCCAUGCCCGUGCCCGUCAUCGUGAACAAUUUCGGGAUGUAUUACUCCUUAGCCAUGGCUAAGCAGAAACUACCAAAGAAAAAAAAGAAGCAUAUUCCGCGGCCACCGCAGCUGGGAUCUCCCAAUUAUUGUAAAUCUGUCGUAAACUCUCCACACCACAGUACUCAGAGUGACACAUGUCCGCUGGCCCAGGAAGAAAUUUUAGAAAUUAACAGAGCAGAUUCCAAACUGAAUGGGGAGGUGGCGAAGGCCGCGCUGGCGAACGAAGACUGCCCCCACAUAGACCAGGCCCUCACUCCCGAUGAGGGCCUGCCCUUUACGCGCUCGGGCACCCGCGAGAGAUACGGACCCUGCUUCCUCUUAUCAACCGGGGAGUACGCGUGCCCACCUGGUGGAGGAAUGAGAAAGGAUCUUUGCAAAGAAAGCCCUGUCAUUGCUAAGUAUAUGCCGACAGAGGCUGUGAGAGUGACUUGACCAGGCGGCUUGGCCGAGGACACUGGUGGCUAUUAAGCAUCUGGGUGGACCUGCAGCCCCUCCUCACCCUCGGACAGAGUAAAUUCACGCCAUGCAGGUUUGCCGGACGAGUCCGAGUGGCCCAGGCAUUGUACUAGGACGGACGUAGCUUUUUCUACGGCCAAAUGGUAACUGACCAUAGAGGAUUUCUUUUCCUUCUUAAAAAUUUGAUUUUAUUUGGGGAGGGGGGUGGAGGGGCUCCUUAGCAUGACUUGCAUGAAGUUAAACAGAAAACCUAGCAAACCAAACCCACCGACCCCCUGCAACUGUAUGAUUACCCUGAACCACGAUAACGAAAAGAGAAAAAGCAGAAGCCCUCUAUUUUCUUUCAAAGCUCUUGACUUUCACACACGUUGUUGGAGCCAAACUGUAACAGCGUUCGGUAGAAACCUGUACAUUUCUGGGGGUGAAGGGCGAGGGGAGGAGGGACAGAGAUGGGGAAAGGAUUGCUUCCUUUUUGUACACAAGAUCGAGAAGAAAGCUUCCAAAAAGGGCAGUCGGUCAGUCAUUGGUCAUAUUGACCUCACCUUCAUAGUUCAUCUUUCACCUGGAAACUGAGAACUUUGCUCCAAAUAGAAUUGUGGAAACUCGCACUGCUGCCUUCUUUCCCGUUUGGCAUGCUUAUGACUCAGCGGACGUCUCCCCAAGACCCCUGACAGCAGCUAGUCUAGGUUGAUUCUCUCAUCUUAUCGGUUUGUAGAUCCAGUGUGACCAACUUUCAUAACAAAUUGUUCAUGGUAAAUAAUCACCACCGUAUGGAUUUUCCAAGUGUUACAUUAAAACCAGGAUGUAGAGCACCAAAAGAUCAGGACCACGGGAGGGGCACCCUCCUCCACCUUUACUAAGGCACAACCUGGCAUUGUAUGCAAUUUAGUACUUCAGAGUAAAAACCUGCAUGCCCAAUGUUAUGCAAAGCGAUUCUAGCAUGAAAUAAAUUUUGUAUCAUGGUUUCUGUAUAGUCUAAAGCAGAUUUGUUUUCCUGAAGCAGUCGGAGGUUUGCAGAGACACACUUCUGCAUCUUGAAUAAAUAUAGUAUUUUCCCAACAGAAACAGAGGACAGUAGCUUGGCUUUGGUCUGAUUCUAAAAUUAGUGGGGUGGGGGGGAAGGAUGAUAUUUUUGAAAAACACAUGCUUGAGUUGAAAAAAAUGCAACAUCUCGAGCUUUCACUGCAGCUCACAACAUUUCCUGGAAAGAGAGCAAUGAUGCUUUAGCUCAACAACCUCCCCUCCCUGGGCCCUGGCCCCCAAUAAUAAAAAGCUGACUUUUGAGAUGAA